UUAAAUAUUUUUGGACACCCCGCAUUCACUAUAUCCGCUCUCCCCGGACCCCGCAUUCACUAUAUCCGCUCUCCCCGGACCCCGCAUUCACUAUAUCCGCUCUUCCCGGACCCCGCAUUCUCUAUAUCCGCUCUCCCCAGACCCUGCAUUCACUAUAUCCUCUCUCCCCGGACCCCGCAUUCACUAUAUCCGCUCUCCCCGGACCCUGCAUUCACUAUAUCCGCUCUUCCCGGACCCUGCAUUCACUAUAUCCGCUCUCCCCGGACCCCGCAUUCACCUAUAUCCGCUCUCCCCGGACCCCACAUUCACUAUAUCCGCUCUUCCCGGACCCCGCAUUCUCUAUAUCCGCUCUCC